CCAGCUUCCACCCAGCAUUCAAAUGCACCACGUUCACACAAAUCAGUCAGGUGAGAAAAGAGUCUCAAAAGGAUGUUCAGGUAAACUGAUGUGUGUAAUGUAGUUUUGUCGGUGUGUAUCAGGUGAAUUGUGUGUGUGUGUGUGUGUGUGUGUGUGUGUGUGUAUUUAAUGAUUUGUAUGUGUAUAGGACCAUCAUUACACAUGAAAACAUAAACACAAGUUACAAAUCAAGAGUUACACAUGCUUACACUACAUAUGCUUAUGCUACACUACAAACACACAGAUCUUGAUACACACACAAGUCUUUUGAGACUUUUUCUUCCCAUAAUAAUAUGACAGAUUUAUUUUUUUUUAAAUCAGAUUUAGCUCACGCAUUUAGAUGUAACAUUUGGAUUAGCCAAAGUUGUGUGAAAUGUAAAAUGCUGGUGAACCUUUGUAGAUCGUUUUCUAAGGAAUCUCACAAACAAAACUUGCAUGAGACAUAAAGCCUUUGGUAAGGUGACAUCCUGUGUAGCCUGUUCAACGUUGCUUCUUCCAUCAGAGAUUUUACUAACUUAUUUUCCAAUAAAACACGUAGAGGUAAGUCUGAAACCAGAUUUGAAAACAAACACCUUUCAUCUAAAAAAGAUAAAGUUAGCUAAAUAUAAAAAACAACUGUGCGUAUAAAAAUGUUCACUUGAUGCCCCACGGUGGAAAAAGAAUUCUGGUAAAGGCGGUGAUGACAGCAUGUGUCCGUUUCCGCUUGCCUUCACAAUAAAAGCACGAUGAAAAAAAUAUAUAGGUCUGGAUCUUCAGAACCAAAGGGUUCGUUGGGUCUCUGUGGACCCGUCCUUCGUUCUGGUUUUCACAGGUGAGAAACAAACUUCACAUGUGAAGCGGUUUAUACUUGAAAUGUGAGUUGAACCCGUCUGGAUCCCGUGAAGUGGAUCAGAACCACCUGAGGAGGACCUGUUGACAACUGGACUGAGUUUCUGCGUUGCGGCUGUUUGUUUUUGCACAAAUCCCGCUGCCGCUCUCCUGGAUCAGAAGAGCGCAGCUGGACUUUAUGCUUUAGAACCAUCUCCGGUGUUCCGGUUGUGAAUGAACAGUUUACGGACCGUAGGCUCGCGCCACCUGCGACGCACAUCCACACUGACGCGAACACCGACACCCACGCGGAGACUGUCGCUCCAGAACCGGACUGCGGUUGGACUUCCAGUCGGUGUCUCCGUUCAGGUGACGAUGCGGUGGCCCACCGGAGAGACAGCAUGGACAUGAGGGUCACAUGGUGAGGGUCGCACAGGACAGAAAACUGGUGUUGAUGUCAGACCAGUUACAAAAGAUGUCAGUCUCUUCCAGUUAACAACCAAUCUGCAAUGAUGGGGAUUUGAAAAGGAAAAAUUUGCCAUGGGAGACCCUACUAGAGGCAAAGUGCCUCGGACAGCAUAGCUCUUAGGAUCAUUAGGACACUCAAACUUCUCCAUCACGUUUGCAGCCCUUCCCCUGCGGACAGUCCUCUGCAGCCCUUCUUUGAUUACAGGCCUGGCAUCUUUCAUCCAUUCAUUCUUCUUUCCACUCAUCCAUCUUUUUGCCUUGUCAUGAAAGGCCUGUCCGGUAGCCGGAGUCACCAUCACGUGGUCUCCUAUGAACCGUCAUAUGAUCCAUUAGGUCACUAUGUUGACCGUAAGCCAUAUUUGUUCAGUCAGGUGGACAUGCCAGUGCCCAUUCCUAUGCCACAUCCAGCUGAGUUGCCCUACUACAAUGCUCAGCAUACCUCGUACCCCUCUGACAGCAACAGCAUUGUCCCAUAUGGAACCUUCCCAAGGAGGUGCCACUCCACCUCCUCAUCUCACCAUCCUGAGGUAAAGGAUGAGUGCAUGGCCAUGGUACCAUAUGUAAGAGGAGUAGGAAGAGGGGGAGGAGGUGGAGGAGGCUAUGGGGGUAAAGCGCAGUCUCGGGUACCAGUAAGCUUUCUGGACCCGUUUGAGCAACAGCCACCAUUUUCCAGAGAUGGCUACCACACACUUCAGUACAAACGAGGAGUAUUGUCUCAGAGUGGGGGAAUGGGGGCCAACGAGAACAACAAUGACAGUCCUGGGAGAAUUCGACACCUGGUCCAUUCAGUUCAGAAACUUUUCACAAAAUCACACUCAUUAGAAGGGCCACAUCACACACAGUCAUCAAAAGGGGCCAAUAAUGGGAGUGUUAAUGGUGGCGGUGGUGGUGGAGGAGGUGGCGGUGGUGGUGGUUCAAGGGCCAGCUCAGAAGGAGUGAGCACUCCAGCUGGAGUGCGCCAACGGAAGCGCAGCAAGAGCCGCGAGCGCUGUCGAUCAGCGGAGCCCAAGCAUCGAAGCUACCACCAUCACCACCACCCCCAACUUCAUGGCUCAACAUCUGCUCCUGGUUCUGGAUAUUGGAGCUCGGAUGACAACCUGGAACGGGAGCUGUGUCUCUACCACCCUCAUCACCACCAACCUCCACCCUCACCUUCCCUCUCCAUUUCUCCCUCACCUGUGGCUAUGUCAGUGAGUCAGUGCCACAGCAACAAUCAUGACAAAUACCCCCAAACACCCCUUCCUAGUCUCUCCUCAUCGCAGUCCCAGCAGUACUUCAUGAUGGACCCCUAUGGGACACUUAACGAGCACACACACACCCAUGCACGCCAUGGCCACACGCACCACUCUGCGCUCAAAGCCUCCCGGAGCAACAGCGAUAUGAAAUAUGCAGCAUCACCAGCAUGUGUGCCAGUUAGUGGUAGCAGCAAUAACAGCGGUGGUGGUAUCGGUGGAGGAAGUGGCCCCUUGCUGCCACUGGGUCUUGUGGACGGACCUCUUGAGAAGAAAAGGGCAUGGUCAUCAAGCCUUACGGUGAGCAGAGCUCGAGAGGUCUACUCCAACAACAGCAGCUACAACCAGCUACGAGCCAGCGCAGGAUCCGGUAACCUAAACCUAGAUAGAGCUCUAGUCAAAUCUAAGGGCAGUCAGCAGCAGGACCACUCUUGCCAUUUCUUACAGGUACCUCAAGAUGAGUGGAGCGGUUUCUCUCCUCUGGGGAAAGAGGAUGACAUCCCUUGUCGGAGGAUGAGGAGUGGCAGCUACGUCAAAGCCAUGGCUGAAGAUGACAGUGGGGACUCCGAUGGGAGUCCCAAACCCUCACCAAAGAUGCAGGCGCGUCGGGCCAGCUACCUGAAGGCCACACAACCAUCCCUUACUGAGAUGACCACUCUGCAAAUUUCCACAGAGCACUCCCCCAAACUGCAGAUCAGGAGCCACAGUUACCUACGCGCGGUGAGUGAGGUUUCAAUAAAUAGAAGUGUGGAUACCCUGGAUCCUAAAACUCUCCUCGACCCCAAAUCACUACUUUCCUCACCUCAAUACCGCUCACGAAAUGAAAGCUACAUGAGAGCCAUGAGCACCAUAAGUCAGCUGAGUGAGGUGGAAGUGAAUGGGCAAAUUGAGCAGGUAUGCGAGCAGGUCUAUAGUGAGAUGCAAUCUCAAGCUAUGGACCCUGGAAUGGACAGCUUGGAAACAAUGGACACGCUGCCUAUGCCAGGAUGUUUCCGGAUGCGAAGCCACAGCUACGUGAGAGCAAUUGACCAGGGAUGUGCAGGGGAGGAGGAAGGAGAAGGAGGAAGACCACUGUUGCUGCUACCAUCAUCGCCACCACGCACAUCUGCAACAACCGUCAGGACCAUUCAAAGCAGUACAGUUUCAUCUUGCAUUACCACUUACAAGAAAACCCCUCCUCCAGUGCCACCCAGGACCUCCACUUGCUCCACAGCCACUAAACCGUACAUCUCCAUCACGGCUCAAAGCAGCACAGAAUCGGCACAGGAUGCGUACAUGGAGGAGGAAGGACACAGAGGAGACAUGACGAUCCAGUCUGGCCUGAGCAACUCGACAGAAAGCAUUGACAGCAUGAAGGCCUUAACAGCUGCCAUAGAAGCUGCAAAUGCUCAGAUCCAUGGACCAGCCAGUCAGCAUGUCGGUAACAGCGCCAUGACCGUCAGUGCUCCCAGCUCGUCAGUUCUUUGUAGGGGGCAAGUUGUUGAAGACCACCACGAUGAUUACAGGAAAGAAGCCUUCAGGAAGGGCAAAUGUCUCUCCAUAGGCAUCCAGGUUGAUGGACCAGAAGAGGUUCCAGAUCCAGAAGAUCCAUCCAAGUUUACCUCUGUAGGCGUACAGGUGGAAGAUGACAGAGGAUAUCGGAGGUUUCAGCGCUCAAACAGCGUGACUGCUGCUGUACAGGCAGAUCUGGACUACCCAGACCUACUGGACAUGCCUCUUGACUCCCCUAACCCUCACAGGGAUAUCCGCUCCCCCGUCGGUAUCCCUCGACAGUAUUCCCGUGAUGCUGCCACCUCCACUGUCAGCAUUCAGGGCUCAGGGAACCACUAUCAUGCCUGUGCCUCUGAUGACUAUGAAGAUGUUGGUUUUGAUCCAUCCAUCCUCCCCCCUCCAGACCCUUGGAUAGACACUGUAACUGAUGACUCACUUGAUGCCAGCUUCAAUAGCUCUUCUAUUCUGGAAGUGGUGCAGCGAUCGGUCUGUCAGAGAGAUGGACGCUGGUUCCUGAAACUGCUGCAAGCUGAGACCGACCGCAUGGAGGGCUGGUGUAGACAGAUGGAACUGGACCAGAGGGAGAAUGACCUCCCCGAAGACAUCCUGGAGAAGAUGCGGGGUGCUGUUGGAAGUGCACAGCAGUUGAUGUCCCAGAAGUUUCUACAGUUCAGAGAGUUGUGUGAGGAGAACCUGAACCCUGGCAUCAGCCCUCGUCCUGUGGCCUCAGACCUGGCUGGCUUCUGGGACAUGCUUCAGCUGUCUAUUGAGAACAUAAGCCUGAAAUUUGAUGAGCUUCAUCAGCUCAGGGCCAACAACUGGAGACCUCUGGAUCCACUCGAGAGAAAGGAGAGGCGGCUUCCACCUCCAGUGCCUAAAAAGCCACACAAGGACUCCCACUACCACCCCCCUUUGGCCAGAGACCGCUCACUGGAGAGCUCAGAGAAACAGCGGCAGGAGGUCAGGAAGCGCCUGAUGGCUGCGAAGAGAGCUGCUUCUGUACGCCAAAACUCAGCCACUGAAAGCGCCGACAGCAUCGAGAUCUACAUCCCUGAAGCUCAGACGCGAUUAUAAGGACUCCAACGGGAACACACAGGGUUUACACGCCAGACAGGAUGGCUGUCCACUUCUUUGUGGGAAGAUGUUACUAAUCCAGCCUUUUCUCUGCCUUGUCCUAACUCAAACUGUCGUUUCACAGGUUGGAUUUUAAACAGUCGGGUGAUAGUUUGGGACCAACUAUUAUUUGUCCACUUCUGGUCAGCUGCUUCAUACUUCAGCAAAUUAAAAUACAUCUCGACAUUUCAGUUAAGUCAUGUUUACUUUGGUUUGCUUUCAUGAAAAAAGUUCAGUUGUGAGCACGUCCCUUGAUUUGUUCUAAGAAGAAGCACAGUUAUUUACUGGGUUUUCAAUUAAUCAGAUCAGGUUUUUUUCUUCAUUUAAUGGAUGUUUGCAUUAUUUUAUUGGAAGUGAAACUUCCCGUUUGUUGUCCAAACGUUAUUCCACCCCCGACCCCCCCGACAAUCCCACUGCUGUAGGCUGAGAUUAGUCUUUCUUUCCUCAUCUCUGAGUCAUUCAUAUUAGGGAUGUGUCAGCCAUGGUCUGCUGUUGCUACAGGAAGUGAAUUAGUACCUCCUAGAACCGUCCGUCAGAGAAGCCAUCUGCUUUCAGCGACUGUUUACUGUGAAUGUUUCUGGAAACUUUCUGUUGAGACCGUAAAGGUGCGUGUGUGUGUACGUGUGUGUGUGUGUGUACGUGCGUGUGUGUGUGUGUGUGUGUACGUGCGUGUGUGUGUGUGUGUGUACGUGCGUGUGUGUGUGUGUGUGUACGUGCGUGUGUGUGUGUGUACGUGCGUGUGUGUGUGUGUGUACGUGCGUGCGUGUGUGUGUGUGUGUACGUACGUGUGUGUGUGUGUGUGUGUGUGUGUGUACGUACGUGUGUGUGUGUGUGUGUGUGUGUGUGUACGUACGUGUGUGUGUGUGUGUACGUACGUGUGUGUGUGUGUACGUGCGUGUGUGUGUGUGUGUGUGUACGUGCGUGUGUGUGUGUGUGUACGUGCGUGUGUGUGUGUGUGUUUAUGUUCCAAGGAAAUUAACACUGAUAAAAACACUGAUUAGCCAUCAUGCCACUUCCAUUUCCAGCAUGUCUGAUGCUUUAGUCCUGGGGACAGACAGAUUUACCAGUUUAAGAGAGACAGUCUGAUUCACAAAAACACUUCUAGCCUUGCCUGAGACACAUCCUGACUGUGAAUGUUUGACUUUUCAAAAAAAGUGCAGUUAGGUAUGUACAGGAGUCACACACACACACACCUUGCAGUACAUUAAAAAAUGUUCGUUAGUCACUGCACAGACUUAGCAGUUCUUUCAGUCUCCAUCCAGCUCGCCACUCCCCUCUGCCGCCUGGAUUUGUAGGAGGCCAGCUGCCUUCCUGCACGCUCCUGAUGCUUCUCCUGCCUCUUUGCCUGGCCCGCCCUCCCCUGCAGAUGCACUUUUCUCGAUUGCCCCCACCCCACACACACACACACACAGUGGGGGUCUGCUUGCACGCCGCUCUGGUCUCUGGCUCCUGCAGCACCAGACUAGCGUCCAGGGCUGGCUAUCUAACAGUGUUUCAGCAGCAGGUUACAUUUGUUACAUGAACUAAUAUCAGUAAAGGAAAUAGAGGAGUAAUUAAACAUCUGAUACACAACAGGUGAGAGCCGGAGAGGGAGGAGCCAUGAUGCUGAGCUGUGCUAGUUAGCUAAUCUUGGCACACCAGUGAGAACUACAGCAAAUAAAAACCAAAGAAUUCCUUCAGAGAGGUCUGAGUAGUGAGCAGAUGUAUUUAAACCACACAUGGGCAGAAAGGCUGAGAUGCAAAAAGAGUCAUUCUAAAUGUGUUACAAACCGCUAAGAACUGAUGGAACAAAUAAUACAGACUACAGUCAUUUUCACCAUGGUGCCAGCGCGUUAAGAUGUAAACAUUAUUUCCUAAAUAGAACAUAUAUCAUGUUUUAAAUGAAUGUAAUGACAGAGAUGACUGUGUGCAUCUGAGCUGCAGAGUUCCUUCUGGCUCCAAGAUGCUGGACUAAUUAAUGAAAACAGACAUCCUGAUUGGACGAGCAAGGCAGACCUAACUCGUUAGUCUUUCUGGUCAAAUCCUGGAAGUGUUUAGUGAAAGAGGCUGUGAGAAGCAGCAGCAUGAGGCAAUGAUGACUUGUUUUCUCUUCAAGCACUUUGAGUACAACAAAACAAGCCAUAGAUGCUACACACACACACACACUUACACACACACACAAAAUGAGCACAAGGACACAGCUGUUUCACACAUUUUGCUGUAAGCUGAACCAGAGAGGGGAAGUUGACCUUUCCUCGUCUUCUGCAUCUCCUCACCACAUGACUUCUUUGUGCAUCAUGAUAUUUUCAUAGAUUUAUUUCUUUAGUGAAUCUGCUUUAUACUCCUUCACUUUGAAAACAGAUGUAUUUUUAUGGGGGAUCAUUUUGGUGGUCGGAUUAUGAUCAUUCACAUCUGGCAUGAUGGAUUGUUGCAUCCCAAAAACCCAACAAUGCCCAGCUAACAGAAUCUGCCGCCACAGUUCAAAAGUCACGCGUUCCCAUCUUCAGUAACUAAACCUGAUCUAGGUUAGCAUCAUUUUACACAGCAAACAAGUGAGCUGAUCAUUCCAUGAUGCUGUUUAAUGGUGGUUCGUCUUGUCCUUGCACUGUUUGUUGUGUGUGUGUGUGUGUGUGUGUGUGUGUGUGUGUGUGUGUGUGUGUGUGUGUGUGUGUGUGUGUGUGUGUGUGUGUGUGUGUGUGUGUGUGUGUGUGUGUGUGUGUGUGUGUGUGCUCCAUUGAUCAGAUGAGGUGUAGUCAGUAACUCUCUGAACCCAUCCACCACUGGAGGUCCCUCAGCCAGUUCACCUCAUCCCAAACUGAGAGAGAAGCGGUUCAACAAAACUUCACCUUGCAUCAAACAUCUCCCCCUGAGAGGAAUUUCAAUCUGAUGAUGUCAUAACCUUAUAGACGCUGUAUGAUGUGCCCUAACAGACUGCUGCUGCAAAUGCAUCCAACCUGUGAUCAGAACGACGAGUCUGGGAUCUGGCCACACAUCAGAAACACCAAAGUGGGGUGCCACCUGAGCUUCAGCAGACAUAACCAGGCUUGGUUUAUUUUGAGCUUGUGGGAUGAAUUCUCUAUGUGCCAUAAUGGUUUGUAAGACUGGUCUAUCGUUGUAGAUGUUUCUUUGAAAGGAACGAGAAGACGACCCUGUUGUUCUUUUCCCUGGGGUUUCUCUGUAUUUCCCAAGCUUAUCAGCAGUUCUGAUGACCUUCUCCAUAAAGCGGAUGUUUAGUAAGAUCCAACAUCGUCUCUAAAGAUGACAAAAUACCAACUGUCAGUGCAAACCGAGUUUUAGAGCUGAAUCAAGCACGGCUGAGUGAGAGAACCACCUGUUGGAACCGUUAGAGUCCUAAAACAGAAACAAACUAAAGGCUGCCAUUACAGCUGCAGAGAGCAAAUGUUUAACAUCAACACGCUUCUUCGUGUGUCUGCUGCUGCAACUUUUAAAGCAAUCACAAUGUUGCAUGGUGGAAAUAUGCGAUGUGGGCAUUGAUGCCAUUGUGACUAAAGUUGAUUGGAGACGAAUCUGCAGUAAAAUGUGACGCCGCUGCCUGUUACUCUGAUGGAAACUAAAGUGCAAUUAUAUGAUAUUCCAGAUCCAUCCGGGUUUCAUCUUCUGGACCAGAACCAAGUUUCAAAUGGUUCUGGGCCAGGAUAACUCCUUCAGAAGUUUUAGAACUAAUGGCAGCACUAUGAUGAGCCAUCAGAUGACUGCCUUUAGCUAACAGCAAAAAUGUUACCUGGACUUAGUGGAAUCAUUGAUGAAGAAGCUGAUUAUGUGAUAUUUUGAUGGAAUUGAUCUAUUUAUUUUCUCCUGUUUUACAGAAUAAUUCUGUGUGUGUGUGUGUGUGUGUGUGUGUGUGUGUGUGUGUGUGUGUGUGUGUGUGUGUGUGUGUGUGUGUGUGUGUGCGUGCGUGUGUGAGAUGGGGUGAGACAGUAUUGUACACCAUCUAAUUACCUCUGUGUUGACCUGAUGAUGAGAGUUUGUCUACCAGCAAGCCAUAUUCACCCUCUUAUCUAGAGCAAAGGGCAACGGCUCAGAGCCAGUGAGUCAGGAACAAAUCUAGAUCUGAGUGUCAACAAGCCAGACCUGAACCAGAGAGCCAGGAUGAACCGCACGACCAGGAAAAGUUACUAGAGCCGUGGUGUUACAGGGAUGUAAAUAUGUCCUAAACAAAAGGCAGAAAACUGGAUGCCCCCGGGAGUUUUCAGCAGAAGAGCCUUUGUCAGUGUGCAACACAAAAACGUCUCAUCUCACAAUUUGGUUCCAAAGGUUCUGCAGAAUUAGAACUUACCUACUGUGCAAAGACCCAGUUUCAACGUCCUACCGAAGUGCUCUGAACCGACGGACUCAAUAUAGACAUGAUCUGCACGUCCAUGCAACGUUGACUGUUUGCAGGGAAGGGACCAUGUUUCAUAAGCAGAACUUCCUCCAGAGGUCCACACAGAUUGGUGGGGGGGGGGGGGGGGGGAGACACGACAACAGACUUCCCCAAGAACCACUGAGACUCCGCAAGGCUCCCCCAUAGGAUCCUUCAGGUUCCCACAAAAGCUCCUCUAGAAACGCCUUCAGCCACCGCCCAGGCUCCCCCAUUACCUACACCUCAGGUACCAGUCCCUCCUAUAAGCUCCCCUAGACUCCCCGAGGCUCUCACACUGGCCCCCUCAGACUCCCAUAGCAUUGCCCAGGCUCCCCAACACCAUCCAAUGGACUGCCAAAGACUACUGUGGGCUUCUAUAAGAUCCAGAUCCAUAACAGAAACAAAUAAGAAAGGAAGUAAAAUGCCAAAUCUUGGAACCAAGCAAAACGUGUCAAGCUGCAAAACUUAACGUUCAAACGUAAACAAAACAAACAUUUCGUUAAACCACCUAAAAUAUCAAAUGGAUCCUGGUGAGAACUACCAGCAGGACCUAUGGCACAAAGGUGUGUCCUCUUCUGUUGUUUACUGGAACGUCUCUGGCUCAUUUUCCUCAGGAAGAGAUUGGAAACGUAGUCUAGAGCAUCAGGAUCUCUUAUGUGACUAGAUGGAGGGAUCCAUAUUUGAAACUGUGCGUGUGCCUGUGUGUAUGUGUGUGUGUGUGCGAGAGAGAGAGAGAGUGAGCGAGCGACAGAGUAAUAAUCUAUAUAGUAUACAGUCUGUACAUAUUUGUAUUUGGAAGAUGCGUUGUGUAUGUGAGGUCUCCAUGAAGUGCUUCCUGGGUUCUUUGUUUUCUAUGAUGAACAUUUCCUCAUUUUAACCUUGUAGCCUAUAUAAUCAUCCCGUAUAUGAAGUCGUGUCUGCGACCGACUUCUUGUGUUUGUAUAGAAUAUGAUGAAGGUGUUUUAUGAUGCAUGCGGACAAAAUAUUACCUUAACAUCUAUACCUUUAUUUAAACUUGUAUUUGGUUUACUUAUAAUAUUAUUUAUUGAUUUUUCUAAACUACUGAGUUUCUGUUUCAGUGACCUGUCAUGACCCCGCCCCUCUAGUGCUCAGAGAUAAUAUAUGUCCAUAACAAUGACUCCAUAUUAAAACCUGCUAUGAACUCCUC